CUUCACCCUUUCACACGCCUUCGUACUUCCCUCGGUCCCCCCGAAUCUACAGCCUCCCCAUGAUAUAUUACCUCGCUUGUGGAAGUCUGUUGCGCUUGUCGACCUCCUCAUUACAGCGGUCGUCGCGCUUUCGACGUGUUGCCGGAUUCAAUGGCUACUUUAUCGGAACAUGAUCGCGAUGUAAUCGCGCGGCAUCCCUUGGGCACCUCUCUGGAUCACCUAAGGAAGUCACUCCAGGACGCAGAACAGUCCUACUCCUCGAUCUCCAAUCCGCAUGACGAUGCCGACAAUUCUGAACAAGAUCGCCAGAAGGCAAUAUCCCGACUCCUCUCUGCUUUUAUAGGGAUGGAAGCAGCUCUUGAUCUUCGUUCGAAUAUUAUUAACCGAGAUGUCGUCAUCGAACUGGCAGGCCUCGUUAAACGCAUUCGAGGAGGACACUUCAACUACAGCUACUACCGCCCGCUCGUGAUACUUGUCCUUCAAAAAGAGUCCGACUCUCAGAUCUGGAGCGCCGUGCUCGAUCUCAUCACCACGCUCAACCCAGCGACGCCUCCUGCGAACAUCCCCGCCACGUUCGACAGCACGCCCAUUACCCAUUCCUCCGCUUCCCAGCAAGGCGCCGAACAGACCCGUGCUCUGGUGGAAAGAAAAGUCUUUGAGGAGAUCAGAUUGUGCACAUAUCGCGGCGUAGGAGGGUUCUUUGAGAAAUACUUCGAGGGGAAAGACUGGACGGGCCGUGCUUUGGACGUCUAUGAGGCGACCAAAGACCGACAUGUCGAUGGCGCGUGGACCGAUCUUCCUGAUCCGCCCGUGCAGGCCGAAGUUCUGGACUGGUGGUUCCGCUUCCAGGACGACUUCCUCUCAGAGGAACAACGCCGUUACUAUUCGACCACAAGCCCGAAGGAUCUUGUCGGUGCCGAAGCUCAGCGACAAAUCGAUCUCUUUGUCAAGCGAAACAAUGGGCAGCCGCCGGGUGCAGCGCACGACUGGAGGGACGUCGACGUGAUCGGUGAGCUGAAGGCGUCCAACAACAACAAAAAGGGGACGCUUCUCCAGAUCGGCCGAUACGUGCGGGAUGUUUUCUCCUGUCAGCCGACGCGUCGGUACGUUCACGCGUUUACAAUCUGCGGACGCCAGAUGGAGGUUUGGGUAUUUGACCGUUCGGGAUGUUACAGCCCUGGUGCGUUCGAUAUCCACGAAGAGCCCGGACGAUUUAUACAGGUGAUCGCCGGCUACACAAUGAUGAAUGAGGAAGAACUGGGCUUGGACACAUUUACAGAGCGGGAUGAGGACGGUCGCUUCAUACACAUUGAGCAAGACGGGCCCGCAGGGAGGAAGAGGCUGCGGCUUGACUCGAAUCCCAUCACCCGUCAGCGGGCGAUCGUCUGCCGUGGGACGUCAUGCUAUCUCACGAAGCCUUCGGAGUCCGCGGAUUGGGAUUAUGUCGCCAAGUUUUCAUGGACAUCCAACAUGCGAAAACCAGAGGCAGACCUUCUCAGAUUAGCCCACGAGAGAGGAGUCGAGGGCAUUGCCAGGUUGAUCGGUCACCGCUGCAUCACCGGCAUCCAUGAGAUGCGCUCAGGCCUGACGUUUAAGAAGCCAUACUCUUUUCGAGAUGCUCCAAGCGCCGCCUCAUCAUUUUCGCAAUCUUUCUCCCAGUCUCGACCACCUAGCUUCCUUUCUGGAUCAUUCAGCGAGUUCCAUGGCCUGGGUAUGGCCGACAAACCGUCAAGAAAGCGCAAGGCCAGCGACCUUGGCCGGGAACCCUCCAAGCGAUCGAGAUCCAAAAGUCAGAGAUCGAGCCAACUGCAGAACGAAGUUACGUACGAUGUGGAGGAAGCCCAGGGGACAAGUCUGCUCGCCCCCAAUAACGGUCCAUAUGACAAUCGCAUUUUUCGCUGUCUCGUAAUUUCUCCCGCUGGUCGGGCGAUCUACAAGUACGAGAAGAUAUCAGAACUCCUAGGGGCACUCCGAGAUGCCACCAAGGCCCACAGGUCUCUAUACCUCAAAGGCAACAUUCUGCAUCGGGACAUUUCCGAGAACAACAUUAUCAUAACCGACCCGCAAAAGACUGGCAUCAUGGGGAUGCUGAUCGACCUAGACCUUGCUAAGGAGCUCGGCAGCGGGCGCAGCGGCGCACGUUGCCGCACCGGCACGAUGGAAUUCAUGGCAAUUGAAGUCCUACAAGGGAUCUCCCACACCUACCGGCAUGAUUUGGAGUCGUUCUUUUAUGUGCUUAUCUGGCAGUGCGCCCGUCGUGGCUGGGGUGAGAAGUGGCCGGGAGACACUCUGAUAGCAAAUUGGUACACUGGCAGCUUCCGAGAGAUUGCUAGCGCCAAACGAGGGCAUAUGGGUGUUGAUGGAUUUGAAGAUAUCCUAGAAGAGUUCGCGCCACAUUUCGACUGUGUCAAACCGCUUUGCAGAGAAUUGCGAGGGAUUUUGUUUCCAUACAGCAUGCUCAACACACAAGUUGUGGGUCUAUUCGUUGGGACACCCAAGGACCCGGAGAUUCUCUAUGGGCCGAUCGUCACAGCGUUUGACAAGGCUAUUGAUGAUAUCAAGGCUGAGGAAGGAUAGGGUGCUGCAAUUUAUUGAUUAGACGUUCAAUCCUUUCACUGCUCACAUUUGGAAUACCGCGCCGCUGUUUGUUGUUUGUGUCAAGAGCACACGACCUAUUGGCUUGCUUAUAAAUGGAAAAGCAUCCAUUCAAGCGGUCAGAAAUCCCCCAUCUGCAACUAACAGCGUUUGCUCAGUUUUACCAGUUGCAUUCUAGCGAAC